CUCCUGGCCGCGAGGGGGCGGCCGCUUGCCGGGUGCGCAGCGAGGAAGCCGCCGGCCCGUGGGCCUUGUGUCGAGGAAAUGGCGGCGCUCGGAGCGGGCCUGGCCGCGGCCGCUCGCGGGAGGUAGCGGCACCUGCACCUCCCCCUCCCCAGCGGCUGGCGGCAAAUGUGCAACACCAAGAUGUCAGCUGGGUCGGACGACCGCCUCGGCGCCUCUGCCAUCCCACCCGCCGAGCAAGAGGCACUGGUUAAGCCGAAGCCACUAUUGUUGAAGUUGUUAAAAUUUGCAGGUGCCCAAAAAGACACUUUUACAAUGAAAGAGGUAAUAUUCUAUCUUGGCCAAUAUAUUAUGUCUAAACAAUUAUAUGAUGAAAAACAGCAGCAUAUUGUCCACUGUGGAGAUGAUCUUCUUGGAGAUCUAUUUGGGGUACCAAGCUUUUCGGUAAAAGAACACAGGAAAGUAUACUCAAUGAUUUCCAGAAACUUGAUAGCAGUCAGUCAGCAAGAGUCUAUGGAAGCAAACACAUCUGAAAAUGAGACCAGGUGUCAACUUGAAAAAGGCAAUGUUCUAAAGGAAUCCAUGGAAGAGUUAGUUGACGAAAAACAGACAUCCCCAAAUUUGACUGCUAGACCAACUACCUCUUCUAGGAGGAUGCUCAGUGAAUCUGAAGAAAGUUUUUCAGAUGAACAACCUAGUGAAAGAAGAAAACGGCAUAAGUCAGACAGCAUUUCGCUCACAUUUGAUGAAAGCCUUUCUUGGUGUGUUGUAAGUGGGCUAUGCUGCGAAGGAAGCAACAGCAGUGACUCAAUAGACUCUGCAAGUCCUGAUCUUCAUGCCAGUUCAUUAAGCGAAAACUCUGAUGAUUGGUUUGACCAGAAUUCUGUUUCAGACCAGUUCAGUGUUGAGUUUGAAGUUGAGUCCAUUUAUUCAGAAGAUUAUAGCCAUAAUGAAGAAGGACAAGAGCUCACAGAUGAAGAUGAUGAGGUAUAUCAGGUGACGAUAUAUCAGACUGAAGAGAGUGAUGCUGAUUCAUUCGAUGAAGAUCCUGAAAUUUCACUAGCUGAUUAUUGGAAGUGCACUAAAUGCAAUGAAAUGAACCCUCCCCUUCCACGGCAUUGCCCCAGAUGCUGGGCUCUUCGUGAGGACUGGCUUCCUGAUGAAAAGAAUGACAAAUCUGAAAAGCGAAAAUUGGAAAGUUGCACACAGCUAGAGCAUGAAGAGGGGUUUGAUGUUCCCGACUGUAAGAAAGUGAAAAUGAAUGAAGAUAAAGAACUAAGUAUUGAAGAAAGUGAGGAUACAACAGCACAAACUUCUGAAUCCCAGGAAAGUACGGAAUACUCUCAGCCAUCUACAUCUAGCAGUAUCUUUUGUAGCAGCCAAGAGGAUUGCAAAGAACCUGAGAAAAAAGAGACAGAAGACAAAGAGGAAAGUAUGGAAUGCAAUCUACCCCUUUCCAGCAUAGAGCCCUGUGUCAUAUGUCAGAGCAGACCUAAAAAUGGCUGUAUAGUUCAUGGCAAGACAGGACAUCUUAUGUCGUGUUUUACUUGUGCAAGGAAACUGAAAAAGCGGGAUAAGCCCUGUCCAGUCUGUAGACAGCCAAUUCAGAUGAUUGUGCUAACUUAUUUUAGUUAGAAGGAUCUUCAGCAUAACUGUGCAACAAAGCUUCAACAGACCUUCUACACAGGCUUUCUUACAAACUUCCAUAGACUUGAACAAUUAAGAGAGUAAGAAACUAUUUUUGUAUGUUUCACUAAAGACAUAAUAUUUUGGGUGAUUUUUCUUUCUUUUGGUUUUAAUUAAAAGUUGAUAUUAAAAAAAUUGCACUGAAAUUGAUAUUCUUCAUUAGGCAUUUUGGGGAGAUUUUAAAAUACCCAAAUUCCUGAAACUUAUUUCCAUGUUAGGGGAUCUGUCACAACAAGACUUGUACAUCACAAGCAGAUCAGUAAUGACACUUGUACAACUAUAUAGAAUAUUCAUUUUAAAAUAGUGAAUGUAAUGCUUUUGAGAAAUGAGAGCGAUCUCAAGUAUCAUUAUUGUGAAAAUCAGUUUUUCUUUUGCUCAGUAAGAAUUAAUAGAAUUUAUAAUUUCAACCUUCCCAUCUUUCUACAAAUUCCAGUAUCUGUUUCUUAGUCAAGUCAUUGGGGAAAAUCAGAACUUCUUAAGAAAUUCCUAGGAAAAUUUCUAUUUUGAAAAAUAAAAUUUUGACCUGGUCAUUGCUGAGAAUUAAAUUUAUUUAUCAAAGUAGGUAAAUUGGGGGAAAUAUUUCGGAGACUACUUCAGAUCACCCGAAAAUGUGAAAGCAGCACAGUGAUAUUUUGCAUAAGGGUUGUUUUUUAGUUCAGUAGGUUUUUUAAAUUUAAUCUGUGAUUCUUUGUUUUGAAAGGUUUUUCUGACUAUUGAAGAGUUGUGAGGUGUAGAUUGGCCAGUUAUAUAUUGAAAUCAGACUUUAAUAUAAAAUGUUGAUCAAAUUUCUUUGGAAAAAAAAAGAAAAAUCUGUAAAAUUAAAUAUCCUUAAAACUAGUGUGUCCAGUUCCUUGGUAACUCUCUCUUUUCAGUAAUGAAUUUUUAAAAAAUCUCUCAAUACUUGACCUCUCCUCCAUCCACCCACCCCCAAAUUCACUGUCUUGUGAAACUUCUCUGUACUUUGCAUGUUGCUGAAUGUUUUGUGUGGUGAAUUCCAAGAAUGCUGUGAAAGUGCAUUUACAUAGAAUUUAAAAAAAAAAUGCCGCUAAGUUACUCAGUUGUGCUGGUAUUUUGAGGAUUAAAAAUGUAAGGUUUUGGAUAAUUUUGAUGAGAAUGUUGUACAAAAAUGUGGCUUUCUUCUCUUCCCUAAUGAGGUCCUCUUGCAGAGUGUAAUAUUGAGAAGAAAGGUGCAGAUUUUGGGGCUUUCUGAUUUCAAGGGCAGCAUUCCAAAGUAGUUUAACCAGUAAAGAAUGGUGAAAAUGGGAGAACCGUUCAUUUAGUGAUGUCAAAUACUGAGGCCUGGGGUAAACAGAAAAGUUGAACCCUUUUAAGUAUAUCAGUCAUCAUUUUAACAUAUGCGCAAAGUGCCUCAUGUGGCAAGUGGCCAGGAUUCAUCACCAAAUUUGGUCUGCUGGUUGAAUCAGUAGCUUCCCCAGCUUGGACUGGGUACUGAUGGGGUAUGCGACAUGAAUGCUAAUUGAUGGUUAAGGGUUACAUCUCUAAGUUGGACACAGCAAUACCAGUAUAAUAAUAUUUAUAAAUUAUUCCCUCAUGGGAAUGGGUAUAACUGUGUCCGCAGUUGAGGCUGUACUGCUAAAAGAUCACAUCCGUAAUAGUAAUAAUUAUACUGGUAUGUGUAGACCAGGCCUGAGAGACACUAAAGACAGGGAUAUAGAAAAGCAUAUUACAGAGCAACUAACAAAGCCAGAAAUGAUACAGUCAAAUCUUAAUAAACCACACAAUGAUUUGUGUGCGGUUUGCAUACUAAGUAUUUUUCUAGCCUCAUUUCUCAAAAAAAGAUUGAAUUGCCAAGGAUUGCAGUGAGGUUUCAUUUUACUAAGACUUACUUAUUUUUACAUUUUUCUAGUACUUUUUGAAUUAUGGACAUAAAUAAUUCAUAUUGUACUAUAGUUGGCAAAUAAGUGAACAAAACCAUUUUGUGGUGUUUUCCUUUUUAAAUUUUGAUCACUUAAAUUCUUAAAUUUCAGCAGUUUGCUAGCUGGAAGGAUAAAGCUAGUCUCUGACAAAACUGUGGACAUAUAGUUCCUUCAGUUUUGUCCCUUCUCUUACUCACUUGAGGAACAACACCAUGAAUGUUCUUACAAGAGAGCAGCCUGGUUGCCUCUCUCUCAUGUACAGCCUUUUCUAAUCAAUGCAUAUUGGAAAGAAGGACCCAGGCAUUUAAAUAGGGAUGGAGUAACCUAUAAAAUUUUGGAAUAGGCGAUGGUUGCAGGAUUUCUGUGGUGCUGGUUUUGUCACAAUAGAGAAACACCUUUACAUCUUUAGGCAGAUGCUUCUUUGUAGUUGAGGGUUACUUUUAAACCCACAACUUUUUUUUAUGAAGAACUCCUUGCACAGCUUCUGCUUAUUAUGGUGUGUUACUUCAUAAAUAUAACUAUGCUAAAACUUGCAGACAACUCCUGUGUUGGAUGCAGAAGAUCAGAACCAAACAGCAAAGUGAUCUGGGGCUAUUAAGAGUAGUGGAGGCUAUUGAGAAGGAGACAUCAAUGUAAAGUCAUGUUCGGAAAGAGGCAGUAAAUACUGUUGCUACUAAGGGUUUUAACUCUCCUCUUCUACUCUCUCAUACAAUUUUCAUCAUAACAAAAUAUUGCUGCCUCUUGCUAAAGAAUUGCACCUCUAGCUAGCACAGUGGGUAUGUAUUUUUCAUCAUUCCCUGCUUUGAAGAAUGUCAGUUAUGUAAUUUCCUUUUAUAAAGAAUAUUU